CAAGUCUCAUACGGCAUCAAGGUAGUCUGCGAAGGCGUCGACCCAAUCGUUGAGUGCGUACCAAUAGAGCCUUUUUUGUCUCGAUCGUUUACUAAUGAUGACAGCAUCGUGGCACUCCCCGGCCUCAAUGGCCACUACGACAAAGCAUGGACUGCGGAUAACGACGUCCGUUGGCUACGAGACCUCCUUCCAAAAGACAUACUUCAUGCUCGCAUCCUUUGCUGGGGUUACGAUGAGAAUACCCACUCCAAACAACAAGUCAGCUGGCAAUAUCUAUGCUCUAAUACACUCUGAUUCCUGCCGGGAUGGCGCUUUGCUCGAGCAUCGAUCGAUCAAGCUAUCAACAUAUGGAAUUUUGUUCAUGGGAACUCCUCAUCAAGGCGGCGUAGAACUGGGGCGAGUUCUUGCCAAUUUAGCAUCACUUUCUAUAGCAGCCGACAACCUACUCCUUAAACACCUUGAGCGGGAUUCAAAGUGGCUACAACAGCAGCUAGGACAGUAUGCGCCGAUCAGCAACGAAUUUGUCACCAAAUUCGCAUACGAAGAGUAUUCCACUCUGACCCCAAUGGGACAUAGGCUCAUGGCUCUAAUACACUCUGAUUCCUGCCGGGAUGGCGCUUUGCUCGAGCAUCGAUCGAUCAAGCUAUCAACAUAUGGAAUUUUGUUCAUGGGAACUCCUCAUCAAGGCGGCGUAGAACUGGGGCGAGUUCUUGCCAAUUUAGCAUCACUUUCUAUAGCAGCCGACAACCUACUCCUUAAACACCUUGAGCGGGAUUCAAAGUGGCUACAACAGCAGCUAGGACAGUAUGCGCCGAUCAGCAACGAAUUUGUCACCAAAUUCGCAUACGAAGAGUAUUCCACUCUGACCCCAAUGGGACAUAGGCUCAUGGUACGUGUUUCCCCGAACUAA